UUCUUCCAUGGCAUCAUCUGGCUCUUGCUCUGGCACUGGCACUGCCACAGGAACUGGCUCCCCAUGUGGUGCAUGCAAGUUUCUGAGACGAAAAUGUGCUUCUGACUGUAUUUUUGCGCCUUACUUUUGUUCAGAACAAGGGCCUGCAAGAUUUGCAGCCAUUCAUAAAGUUUUUGGUGCUAGCAACGUGUCCAAAUUAUUGUUGCACAUCCCAGCUCAUGAUCGUUGUGAGGCGGUUGUCACCAUUGCUUAUGAGGCUCAAGCAAGGAUUAGAGAUCCUGUUUAUGGUUGUGUUGCUCAUAUUUUCGCCUUACAACAGCAGGUAGCAUGGCUGCAAGCUCAAUUAAUGCAAGUCAAAGCUCAAUUAGCUCAAAAUGUUAUGAAUUCACAUAACAUACAGAGUCAGUGGCAAGGAAACCUUCCUGGUGUCCCUUCCUUCCCAACUUAUGCAAGCUACAUGAAUCCAAUCUCCCCACAAAGCUCACUUGAAUCUGUUGAACUCAACAGCGCUGAUAGCAUGAAUAUGCAAGAAGUACAAAGCAGAGAGGAGUUUUCUUUCCAAGGUUAUCCUAAGAAGAGACCAUAUAACAGUGAUUUGGGUGAGCUUCAAGCACUUGCCCUUAGAAUGAUGAGGAACUGAAUUG